GGAAGUACCGCCGGAUUUGAAGCCGGUGAAGGUUUUGUCGUCUUAUGAUGGCUGUAAUAGAAACUUUAUUACCUGGAAUCCAGUCAUUUUUGUCAGUGGAUCUAAGCACUAUACAAUUACCUCCUCAUGUAGAGCAAAAACGUCAGAGAUUCCUUGAACUUAUUGAAGUUCUUAGUUUAGGACCUAUACCCCCAUUACCGAAAAAUAGUCAUAUUACAACAAAUCCUGUUGCCAUCAACACUGUUAUUGCUGGAUGUCAUGGUGGUGGUGAUAUUAAUACUACUAAUACCGUUACCACUACUACUAAUAUUUGUAAUGUGUCAGUGUUACAAAGGAGACCAUUAAGUAGCAGCAUUGCACGUUUCUUUUCAAAUAAGCGUCAUUCUCUUCCUCCUACGAUAAGUUGUCCAUCACCACCAUCUGUCCCCAUAGAUUCGUUCAAAAUACCUGUUACAACAACUUCUGGUACAUCAGUUGAUAAGAGAAAUUCACAAGUUUCCGAUGUAUUUCAAUCAUCAUUGUCAUCAUCUGGUCAUUCAAUCCAUGGAAUUUCAUACGAAUCACCAUCAGACAAUAAAUCUGUGUAUAGUUUUGAUAGAACACGAAAUUCACUUAUAUCAUCUUCAGUUUCAUCCACUCUCCCGCCUCCUUUACCACCAAAAAAAUCUCAACUACAUAAGUUAUUUUGUAAAUUAGACGAUCCGUAUGAAGUACCAAAACAUGCCACAACGGUAUUAGUAACUAACACCAACACCACUACUGCCGCAGAAUCAGUAACCUGUUUAACAUCGUCAUUAUCAGCGUCAUCAACAAUCACACCUAUUCGUUCAAAAUCAUCAAUUACAUCCACUAACGAAAUGUUGUACAGAAAGAAACAAUUCAAUCGAUUGUCACUAUCACCUCAAUUAGAAAUUAUUCAAGAUAAAAAAAGUGACUCAACUGUUCCACAUGAUUGGCUUGACAAUAAUACUGCAGUCAGUAAAGCGACGACAACGCUAGUCGAUUCAAUGGGAUUAUCCGACACAAUUGAUGCUAUCAAACAGGAUAGAACAUUAAUAUUACCAAAAAAGAAUGUGAAUGGCUGUCAAACACGUCGACCGAGCAGUUCUUUAACUGAUCCAAUAUGGACAUUAGCUGGUAUACUGUCACAUCGUUAUAAAUCAAAUAAAUGGAUACAAUUGAAUUUAUGUCUAUUAACAAAUGAUUCAAGAUUAGUUGCUUAUAAAACUGGUCACUCAAUGACACCGUCAUUAGCUUUAUUCUUGUACGGUUCCACUGGUAUUUAUUCAGGUCGUGAUAGUGGUAUGGAACAUGUGAUUAAAAUAGUACACUCUAGUCGUGAAAUUAUUGUCUUAGCUGCACCUACAGAAGAACAAGCGCUGAUUUGGGUUCAACAAAUUAACCAGUACUCUCAAGGUUCUAUACCAAUGGAGGUUUGUUCAUUUUUACCACAUUUGAAUGUUCCAAAUUCCGCUAAUACUCAAACGUCUACCACUUUCACUAUUAAUGCUAACAAGAAUAUUAGUUAUACGACUGACCGAAACUUCACAUCUCCACAGUUAACAAGUUGCAAUAAUCGUUCUUCUUCUACGGAUGUAACUGAUCUACAGGUUGACAGUGAAUUUUUAACUUUAAACAAAACAACAUGCACGGAGUCAGUUCGAUCUGUAAAUCCUACAAAAAGUCUAUCGUUUGAUAACCGUAAUGCUGGUGUUUUAUUAAGUUCUUGUGAAACUAAUUCUCAACUUAAUCGUAAAGGAGAAAAGUCUGUAACAAGCCAUAGAAUGACAACUUCUCCCAUUGAUGAUGUUAUCAAUACUAAUGACUCUUCCCUUAAUGGUAGUAUUAUGACAGAUUCAAUUCAUCGUUGUCUCUCUUCUAGUGUUGUAAUACCAUCAAGACCUUUAUCAUCAAUGACAUUGUCGUCUGUAUUUGAUACAAGUACAAUAAAUCUAAAACAGAAUUCACGUCGUAGUAGUUUAAUUUCAUCAAUGCGUCGUAAAGUAGAAUCGUUUAGUUCUAAACGUCGUAUACGUAAAUCUUUACCACAAUCUUUAGAACCAUUAACUAAUAGUUAUUCGAAUGUAUCUGAAGAUGAGACGGCGUUAAAAGGACAUAGACGAAUGUUAAGUGAUGGACAGUGGAAAAAUAAUUUGUCUAGCUCAAAGUUUUCAUCAGUUCAAUGUCUUCAACAACAAUCACAGCAUAUGAUUUCAUCGCUGUCUCUACCGCCUCCUCCCGCUGCUUGUGUAUGGAACUCAUUUGGGAAUUCUGGCAAAGGAUUUGGUUGGUCCCAUUUAGUAUCAGCUGGUGUGAGAUUUUUAAAUCAAAACACAACUCCAACAGUUAUCCCAUCUUCUUCUACAAAUAAUAAUCGACCUCUAUCUGUUCGUUAUGAUUCUUCAGCGGCAACGUCGGAUCCUUUCUCCUCACAGAUAUACCUGACAUCAAAUUAUGGUCCAUUGUUGGAUUUAAGCGCGAUAAGGUCACAUUCUACUGCUUCAUAUACUAAUGAUGCAUCCAAUGAUAAUCACAUAGUCAUAGCAGGUGAUGCUUUCAUUUCUAUACCUGAUCAAGUGCCUUGGACUAUUAAAUGGUGUUGUUUAAGAUUGAAUUGUCUUGAAAUCUAUCAAAAUAGUAGAAAAGAUUAUAGUAAAGUCAGUCAAAAUUCUAAUCAAUAUAUCGAUGAAAAUUAUAAUUGGCCUAUAUUUUCGUUACCAUUGAAUAGUGAUAAAGUUGAAUUAGGUUUGGCUGGUAGUAGUGAUAAAAGACAUUCAUCAGCUAUCCGUUUAUCUGUUCCAACGGAGUGUACAACACCAUUAUUAUUUGAUGCUAUCGAUAAAACACAAAUGGGUUCAUGGAUAAGAGGAUUUAUCCAAGCAUUAGGGCUUGUUGGGCCAACCGAUGUUGCACAUCAGAAGAAUUAUUCUCUACAUAGUACGUCUUCAAUAGAACCUAAAAAUACUGUUCUCCUUCGUCCUUCUUAUGUUAGUGUACAAGAAAAUCAUAUUCAUUCUGUUCCAUUAAUAAAAAAUCAUACUGUUUUACCAUCAACAACAACUAUGAAUCCACUAACAUCAACAUCGCUGAUUCACCGUAUACCGAAUUCAAUUAUGGAAACAUCUCAAACAUCAAUGUAUUAUUCUGAUAUACAUGACAAUGAUGUUGAUGACGACGUUGAUAAUAGCAAUAAUAAUAAUUCAUUCUUUGUAAAUGUUAAAAAACAAGAAACAUCAUUAUCUUCAUCCAAUAUAGUGAUUUAUGAUGAAGUAUGUCCUCCACAACCAAGUUUUACAACAGUAACUAAUAAUAUCACUAUUACUACUACUACUACUACUACUGCUAAUACUCCUGCUACAUCGUUGAUAUCUUCAACAGAAACCACUAGAAAUCCCCCUAGUUUAAGUUUUUCUAAAAGACGUUGGAGUUCACCUUUGUUAAUUGUUGAUUCAUGUACAAAAUUUCCUGGAUCAGUUUAUUUAUCAAAUAUUGAAUCAAAUAGCGCUCUAUUAACUAAUAAUAACAGUAACAAUAAUAAUAAAUCAUCUCAUUGGCACAUACCACCACCAAGUAGAAGAUUAUUAGCUCAACCAUUGCCUCCAUUACCGUCAGUUGGACCGAGUACAUGUGAAUCAAUGGCUGGUACAAUUACAAGUGAUGGUAGUUGUACUUCAUCGAAUGUAACACCAGAUGAUUUCGUUGGUUGUGUUGAUGAUGUUAAUGAUGAUAAUAAUGGUUAUCAAAAUGAAGAUGAACAUGUAAAACUCAUUAGAUCUACUAAUAUAAAUUUAGAAACUGAUAACUAUUCGUUGUAUUGGUCGAGGAAAGACAAAAUGUUAGACGGUUGUAAUUUGCCCUCAUCCCUGCUGAAUCGUCGAUAUGCCAGCAUGAGUAGUUUAGAAUAUUCUUUACCAUUCAACAAAUCGUCGACAAGUAUUUAUGAUAACAAUAGUAAUGAUAAUGGUAGUACUAAUGAACAAAAGAAACCGAAGAGGAAAAACAGAAAUACGAAUAUUUUAAAACAAUUCUAUUUGCAUAAACAAUGUCAUUCUUGGAUCCAUAAUAAUGAUAAUAAAGCAGAAAAUAAUACUAAUUGUACACUGGACAUAAUGAAUAAUAGUGGUAGUAAUUCAGUGUGUACAACAUUUAUGACAGAUGGUAUUUAUUCAUCACCCUCGUGCACAGCAUUUACAUUUAUAUCUGAGUCAGAUAAUACAACUUUGCAUAAAACUGAUCCGGAUCUUGUUACUAAAGAUACUACUAAUUCUACUUGUACGACUACUACUACUAGUACAUGUACAAAUGUUAUUAGUAAUGAUGGUGAUAAUGAUAAUAACAGUCGAAGAAAUUCAGGAGAUGAAGUCAGUUUAUGGAAUGUGAAAGCUGAAAACUUUUUAUGUUCCAGAGAUCCAGCUCUUGUAGAGUAUAUGAAAUCAUCUAAAUUAAUUAGUGCUAGACGAUGUGUUUCUUGUUUAACUGGUAAUAAGCCAACAAUCCUACAGAAAAAUUCCAAUCUAGAUGGGAUUCCAAUUUCUUCAUCAACUCUUCCUGUUCGUUGUGGAUCCGAUGAUACAGCAACAACAAUAAUGAAUACAGAAGCGAUUACUAGUGAUCCAAUUUUAUGUCAAAAAUUUAAUAUACAUUAUUGGAAUCGAAAUUCAUAUUCGUCGAAUUCUUCUCGUACAGCCACCUCAUCAGGUGUAGCUCUGACAGCUGAAUUUUCAUCACCAGGUUCUGGUGGAACUACUCGACCGUCAUCAGUGGCAAUGCCUAACAAUCAUCCGUCUGUAACUCUUGUUGAAGAGGAACAAACUAACGUGGAGAAUAGUGCGAUUCAUAUCCAUAGCGAUUGGUAUGAUCUUCCUCUGAAUUUAGGACAAUCAAAAGAUACUCGAAAGUAUCAGUCAUCGUCUGAAUAUGGAUGCCAAGUGGAAAUUCCUACUUCUAACCUUUCUAUGCCAAACUGUCACCAAUAUCCUCAUAAUAUAGUGAAUAGUAUGAACGAAAAUAACAUUAGUGAUUCAAUAACUGUGAAAGAUUCUAUUCAACGUCCUACAUCUUUAGUUCUUAUUACGUCACAACUGGAAGAGAUUAAACAGGAAACAAAUAGUCUACGAUCAAGAAUAAGAAAUCUAUCAUUUCAAUUGUCGAAUCUUCAUGGUCGUGAUGAUUGUAAUCAAUAUGUACGAAAUGUUGAAAGCCUACCAAAAUCGGAUAUUGUUAGCAUUUCCACACCAAAUAAUGAAAUUCAUCUUGAUAAAGUUAAUACUUCAAUUGAUAAGAACCUUUGUAAUAAUAAUGGUAAUAAUAAUAAUAUGCUCAAUGACUGUAACAGAAAGGUUAUAAGAUUAGAAGACGAGGAGACAACAGCUAAUUUAUAUGCCCGGUUAACUACUAUAGAAAUAUUGCUUAGAAAUGCUGAAUCUACUGAAGCUCGAUUAGAAAAAGAAUUUAGUCACUUGAUAAUUAAUAAUGAGAAACCAUCAUUGCCACCACCACCAUCGUCGUCAUUGUCCACGGUCAAUGUCAUAAAAGAUUUAAAACAAAAACAAAUAUUUGAUGAAAAAUCUUUGAUAAAUGUAAGUUAUAGUAGUUUUGAUUAUUAAUGUUUGUCUAUGAUUUAUUUAUUUAUUUUGCACAUGAUUUCUAAUUGUUUGUCUGUGUAUCUUUGUCUAUCUGUUUAUUUAUAUGAGUGUAAAUAAUGUAUGAGAUUGUUCCAUAGUUACUAUCAAUGGUUUGAUGGUGACGUUGAGUAAUAUGAAUUUGAAAUUGAUCAUAAUAAUUCAGAAGAUGUAUUCACUCUUUAUCUUUUCUCCUUGAUUUUAAAUAUUCUAGUAGUAGUCAUUCAUUGUUAUUACCAUUUUAUUCCUUUUCAAACAAUAUUCUCAAUGUCAUGAUUACUACGGCAUUAUUUUUGUUUUCUUUCACUAUUCACCAUGUUAAUUUGAUUAGAUUUGUCAUGACUUUAUAAGAGGCCAUCGCCAAUUCGAUACGGCUUUUAUCACACGAAUUAUCCAUCAAUCGAAAUACGACUUGUCUAAUAUUAACACUGUGCCAAAUCAAUGACGUUCAACUGAUAUGAGCAGUCAAGCGUCCAUAUUGGUCCCUUGUCCGCCUAGCUUUCCAAUUGAGGCCAGAACACCAAUUACAGCUUCAGCUAUGCGAAUCAUUUAUUUCAAGCAUACUUUGUUUAUAUACCAGAGAGACAGACCACAUCAUACCAUAAAAUAGAAAAUAAUAUUUGUACAAGAUCAAGCCAAAUGUGGCUUUAAACGUGGGAUACAAUAAUCAAUAAACUGAAUAUAAUUUGGGAACAGUAAAUCGUAUAAUAAUAAUCCAUAGGUCAAAAUGAAGCUUAUAAUAAGAUGAAUAUAGACAUAGAUAAUCUAGUUACUUAAUAGUUAUACAAUAGGAAUAUACAUAGAACAAUCAUCCAUUAAUAGUUCCCGGAAGUAGUUACCCGUACUUAUGUCUUCUCUAGGAUAUAACAAGAUUGUUUUCACUAAGCAACUUGAUGGUUGAUUAAAUAUUAGAGAACACAGAUAAUAUGAAGAUAUGACAUAAAGUAGUCUGUAAUAGUUAAAAUUCUUAUUUUCUGUAACCAUAAUUACAGACUGGUAAAGUUUUAUAUUAUGAUAAAACGUUUUUUGUUUGUUUCUGAAAUAUAAUGAACUUUUGUAUGCUACUUGAACUUAAUAUUAUGAUAAUUAGUUUGCUCAACGAAUACCCUAACCAUAACCGUAAAAGCUUUAAGGUAUUUCUUUGUUAUCUCGCUUAAAAUGCAAUUUAUACUCUCGAUAAAUAUACGUGUUUACAUUUUUGCAAUGAUCAUUCAUAACGUCUCUGAAAUUAUUGAGAGAUAUUAAGGCUCUUCGAUCAGUUACCGCAUCGUUCGAACAUGUUUCAACUCCACUUCGCGUCUUAGUAAUGUAAUCUCAUUACCACUUUUUCAUUUCUGGAGGAAAACAGGAGGCAGUGCGUAUUCAAUAAACAAGGCUGUUGAUCGAGAUCCCUUAAAUUUUGUAACAUAAAUCUUUUUUAACUUCUGUUAACGUAUCUAUUGCACACAAUAAAGUUGUCUAAACAUCCAUUGUUUAGUGACUAAGUGUCACCAAGAUUAAACUGAGUUAAUGCAACUGAUUGUCUAUCCAGUUACGUCAUAACUACUAGCAGUCCUAGAAAAUUGCUUUACGUGUUUAUUUGACACAGAACAUGUUUAUCCAACUGUUAAUACUAACCAAUAUUUUCUAUAUUGUUAGGCUACUAACAAAAUAGUGUAUUGUGAUUAAUUGAUAACCAGUUAGAUACAAUUUGAGGUAGUAACAUCACGGUUAGAAUGAAGUUAUUAUUAACUUAUUUGUUUAUUGAUAGAUAUCUUUAUCCCCGGUGAGUUUUAUUUGAUAUAUCUUAUGUUCUAUAUUUUUACUUGACAGGAUUACUAAUUUAUUAAGUCCACCGAUAAUGAGUCCGGUUUCUCUAAUAUUACUAACAACCUUCAUUUUCCCUGUUAUGUCUACUAGGUGUGCUGACGAUGAUUGGUUUUGAUAAACUCUGUCUACCUAUAGCUUGAUCAAGCAGAACGCGUUAAAAUUCUGCAUAUUUACUGUGUAUUGCUUUUUGACGUACAUAAUAAUAUGAAUUAAUUACAAGAUCAUAACGCAUCAUAAAUAGGAAAUCAUAAUCUGUGCAUAAAUUAGGUGGAUUGCUGAAACGAAAAUAAAUAACAAGUACACAAAUAAUUGACCGUUAUUUGUGAACAGUAAAAUAUAUGUCAGUAGAAGUAUAAUGUGAGGACGAGCCAAUUGAGUUCAGAAACGCGGUUUUUUUUUACAUAUAACGAGCAGUAGAAAUAUUAUUGUAUACUGCAAAUGAUCAUGAGAAACUAUUUAUUAUUGUAGAGGAGAAGUGAUACUGUUGAUCAUAUUAUAUACCCUAUUCUGUAUCGGUAGAUUUUAUAUGACAAACAAAUCCCAAUAGUAAUCUCUUAAUCCUGAAACAAAUCUUAACUUGGUGGCGCUAUAUUUUAUGGGCAAACUAAUUAGAAAGAGCCUCUUACAUUUUUACGUGAAAUUUGUUCAUCCAUAUUAACUAAACGGCAUUGUUACAUUAUGGUUGAUGCCCGUUUGUAUUGAAAACCUUAACCCUAAUCCUUACCCUAAGUACCUAACCCCAACUAAAUUCCUCAAAAUGAGUUCUAGAAGUCUUCGUCCAUUACAAUGGUUUUUGUUUUCUUUUCCAUAAGCUAUCCAUUUCGAAGAUCUGUUUUCUGAUUAAUUUGGUAUUGUUUGGUUGAAUUUUCCCAUUGAUGUUUAGGACUGCAAUUGAUCAAUGAAUUUAAACUUCACCCAUUGCACAAGCAAGUGGCUAUCAGGACUCAGUAGCUAAGUGGAUAACGUGAUGACAUUUGAAGCAAACGGUACUGUGUUCGAGUCCCAUAGUGGACAUCAACUCUGAGGUGCAGGUACAUCCAACUGACGAGUCCGAAAUAAGACGAAACGCGGUUCCUGAAGUCCACUGCUAGCCACUAUCCAUCUCUGGUUAUAAUGCUUGUGAAUUAAGGGCAAUAUAGCGGCCAAUAAGAGACUGAUCAAUUGCAGUCAUAAACAUCAAUGAAAAAGAUUCAACCAAACAGUACCAAGUGAGUUUAACUUAAGCUUACAAUUAGGGCAAUAUAAAGCAUCAUAAAUCAGUUAUCUGCCUCCAUAUCACAUUACUGUCACGAAAAAAGUUAGAAAUGCAAAUCAUCGUGUAUUAUUAGCAUGGUAUGUUGGUGGUGUGUCAAUUGUCUAACCAAAUAGAAUCCAUUUAUUUCAUCAUUCAACUUCAUUUUAUAUGAAAAACAUACUUGGUAGUUGCUAAGGCAGUUACAAGAGCAGUCAGAUUUUAUUAGAAAGACUAAGAUCUCUUUUUGAACGAUGACCACUCGCACACUUUCUACCAAUUCGAUUUUCCGCAUGAUCUUUGGUUGUCAUACUUUUUUAGUUCGCUAAAUUGCCACAUACUCAAAGGUGUCAUGUUCUGCUACUAUGGUAACAACUUUCGUACCGAUUCCGUUUAAGUCGCUUGUUCUACUAUAAAUAUUAAGUUGCCUGCAAUUCUGUCUUUUUCCUGUCUUAGCCAUCGAGGUUUGAUGCAUUGAGUGUAAUCGACUGUUGUCUGUUCCCAAGAGAACCGAUCAUAUUAUAGAAGCUCGAUCAUUUUCGUUCCUAAAUCUGUAACAUCGUAGGUCGUACUGAACCCCAAUAACAAGGCACAACAGUAAUUUUACAUUUCUCUUACUUAACUCUCCAGAUUGAUACACUGUUUAUGACACACAUCAUUUACAAUUCCUACACGAAUUUCUUCAAUAAAAUAACAUUUGUUUGCUGUUCUGUUUUUAAAAAAAAUAAUUAUUUAGGAUAAUGGAUAUGUUUGUUCUCAUUGUAAGAACAACAAUACAGUCAAUAAUACAUCACGUAAUAAACAUGGGAAAAGUAAACAUCGAGGCUGUAAAUCAAACUCAUUGUUUCAGCAAAAAAUUACUGAUAAUAUUCCCCGGUCAAGUUAUCGUGGCCGAAGUCAUUCUGGUCCUACAAGACGACGACAACGACAGAGACAACGUCAUCAUCAUUGUGUUCCUGUUGUUAGUUCCAGCUAUUCAAAAACAUCUAAUUGUAAUAUAAUUGAAACUCAAACUACCGAAUAUUGUUCAAAAGCUGCUGUAUCAUCAUCAUUAUCUUCCUAGGUUACUUUUGUUACACAAUCAUUUCCUCUUGUACAUUCACAUUCCAGUUUAUAAUUGAUUUAAGUCUUAAUAACUUUAUCCUCUUUUAUUUCCUAUUUCUCUGUAUAUUAGUUGCUUUUAAAAUGGGGAGAGAGAGAUAUAUAUAGAGAAUAAAAAUAGACAUAUUCACAUUUGAAAGAGCAUUUACUUCUAUUGUGUUUCAAUACAUGUUUCACAUUAUUUCGCUUUUUUUGCUUUUAAUAAUCUUGACCCUAGAAUUCUGUUCACAAUUUGAUCAUUUCGGUUUGUUUUUUUUUACUCCACAUAAUUACAUGUAUCAUAUUCGUUCCCAACAACUGUCUCUCUUCGAUUCUCCACUUUUCUUUUUACCCCCUUCUAAUUUUGUAUUUAUAUAUAUCUUCUGAUAGAAAUAACUAUUUGUCUUCCUGAAUCAGCAUUUGAUUCCUUUUUGUUAUGAUUAAUUAUGUUGAAUUAUCACUUCGGUUACCUUUUUGUUUCUUUAAAACAAUCAAUUUAUGUAUCAUUUUAUAUAUAGUUUGAAAGCUACAUUGAAAAACAUUCCUUACUGUUUAAAAGUGUCCUGUUUGUUUUUAUUUUUCAACUUUUUCCCAUUGUAGCUUUCAAUUUGAUGAUAUAAAUGUGUAUUUAUGUAAUUUUACUACUACUACUACUACGACUAUUACUACUGGUUAUUUAUGAUUAUGAUCCAUUUGAUAAAUUC